AUGACGCGAACUAGAACUCAACAAAACCCGAGUAAAACAAGAGAACUAGAGACACUCGAAGAUGAAGAGCUCUCCAUUCCAAUCUACUCACCACAACCCUUCCGUACUCUAGGUCGCCGCGACUCUGGUCUGUGGCCCGACCUGGACAACAGAACAACUGGAUCGACAGAAAGCCGACGACGUAGCUCGGUUGUUGACCACGAGAUCCCAGCGGUUGACGGAAUCACCGCCGGCCUCGACCUUGUGUUCAGCGUGCGCGAGGGUGCCCUGACAACCUACCCGACUUGGCCGAUUGACCUCUCUCGAAAUCAAAAACCAAAGCCUGACUCUGAGCCGGAUCCUCCCGAUGACGACGAUAACGGCACUCCACCUGAUCCAGAGAAUCAACUUGGAAAGCCAGGACCCGGUGGUCCCGGUGGUCCAGGUGGUCCCGGUGGUCCAGGUGGAGGUGGUAAUGAUGACGACAACGAUGAUGACGGUGACGAUGAUGGCAAUGACAAUGAUGAUGGAGAGGAAGAAGAGGAAGUUACAAGACCCUAA